UGCAGCCCCUCGCCCCGCGCCCGCCGCCCCUCGUGCCCCGGGGGCGCUGCGCGGGCGCCGAGCCUUCGCGGGCUUUGCCGCCGCCGCCGCCGCCUCUGAGGCCGCCGCCGCCGCUGGUGGGGGAGACGCGGGGUUGGGGGGGGAGGAGGGCGCGCGUGGUGCCGGCGGGGAGCGGCGGCGCCCCCUCCUCCUCCUCCUCCUCCUCCUCCUCCUCCUCCAGCGCCGCGGGCUCCUCGGACAUGGCCGCGGCGGUGGCGGUGGCGGCCGCGUCCCGGCGGCAGUCGUGCUACCUGUGUGACCUGCCUCGCAUGCCCUGGGCCAUGAUCUGGGACUUCACCGAGCCCGUGUGCCGCGGCUGCGUCAACUACGAGGGCGCCGACCGCGUCGAGUUCGUCAUCGAGACGGCGCGGCAGCUCAAGCGGGCGCACGGCUGCUUCCCGGAGGGCCGCUCCCCGCCCGGCGCCGCGGCCCCCUCCGCCGCCAAGCCGCCGCCGCUCUCGGCCAAGGACAUCCUCCUGCAGCAACAGCAGCAGCAGCAGCAGCUGGGCCACGGCGGCCCCGAGGCCACCCCGCGCGGCCCGCAGGCCCUGGAGCGCUACCCCCUGGCGGCCGCCGCCGAGCGGCCCCCGCGCCUCGGCUCCGACUUUGGCGGCAGCCGCCCGGCCGCGGGCCUGGCCCAGCCGCCGACGCCGCAGCCGCCGCCCGUGAACGGCAUCCUGGUGCCCAACGGCUUCUCCAAGCUGGAGGAGCCCCCGGAGCUGAACCGCCAGAGCCCGAACCCGCGGCGCGGCCACGCCGUGCCGCCCACCCUGGUGCCGCUCAUGAACGGCUCGGCCACGCCGCUGCCCGCCGCGCUCGGCCUCAGCGGCCGCGCCGCCGCCUCGCUGGCCGCCGUGUCCGGGGCCGCGGCCGCCGGCCUGGGCUCGGCGCAGCCUGCCGAACUGAGCUCCCACAAGCGGCCGGCGUCCGUAUCGAGCAGCGCGGCCGCGGAGCACGAGCAGCGCGAGGCGGCCGCCAAGGAGAAGCAGCCGCCGCCGCCCUCGCAUCGCGGCGCGGCCGACAGCCUGGCCGCGGCGGCCGGGCCCACCGAGCUGGGCGCCGAGGGCGCGGGCAAAGGCCGCGGGCCCGGAGAGCAGGACUGGGUCAACAGGCCCAAGACCGUGCGAGACACGCUGCUGGCGCUGCACCAGCACGGCCACUCGGGGCCCUUCGAGAGCAAGUUUAAGAAGGAGCCGGCCCUGACUGCAGGCAGGUUGUUGGGUUUCGAGGCCAACGGGGCCAACGGGUCUAAAGCAGUGGCAAGAACAGCGAGGAAAAGAAAGCCUUCUCCAGAACCAGAAGGUGAAGUCGGGCCCCCUAAGAUCAAUGGAGAGGCACAACCGUGGCUGUCCACACCCACAGAAGGGCUCAAGAUCCCCAUUACUCCUACAUCCUCUUUUGUGUCUCCGCCGCCACCCACUGCCUCACCUCAUUCCAACCGGACCACACCGCCUGAAGCGGCUCAGAACGGCCAGUCCCCCAUGGCAGCCCUGAUCUUAGUGGCAGACAAUGCAGGCGGCAGUCACGCCUCGAAAGACGCCAACCAGGUUCACUCCACCACCAGAAGGAAUAGCAGCAGUCCACCUUCUCCGUCGUCUAUGAACCAAAGAAGGCUAGGCCCCAGAGAGGUGGGGGGCCCGGGGGCGGGCAGCACUGGAGGACUGGAGCCAGUGCACCCUGCCAGCCUCCCAGACUCUUCUCUGGCAGCCAGUGCCCCCCUGUGCUGCACCCUCUGCCACGAGCGGCUGGAGGACACCCACUUUGUGCAGUGCCCGUCUGUCCCUUCGCACAAGUUCUGCUUCCCUUGCUCCAGACAAAGCAUCAAACAGCAGGGAGCUAGCGGAGAGGUCUAUUGUCCCAGCGGGGAAAAAUGCCCUCUGGUGGGCUCCAAUGUCCCCUGGGCCUUUAUGCAAGGGGAAAUUGCGACCAUCCUGGCUGGAGAUGUGAAAGUGAAAAAAGAGAGAGACUCGUGACUUUCCGGUUUCAGAAAAACCCAAUGAUUACCCUUAACUAAAACUGCUUGAACUGUAUAUAUAUAUAUCUCCAUAUAUAUAUAUAUAUAUAUAUAUAUAUAUAUAUACACACAUAUAUGUAUAUAUAUAUACACACACACACAUAUAUAUAUACAUAUGUAUAUAUAUAUGUAUAUAUAUAUAUAUCCAAGACAAGGGAAAUGUAGACUUCAUAAACAUGGCUGUAUAAUUUUGAUUUUUUUUUGAAUACAUUGUGUUUCUAUUUUUUUUUUUUUUUUGACGACAAAAGGUAUGUACUUCUAAAGGCAUUUUCUUCUUUUGUUAAUGUUAUUAGCAUAUCUUUGUGCUUUAUUAUCCUGGUGACAGUUACCGUUCAAUGUAGGCUGUGACUUGCGCUGCUUUUUUAGAGCACUUGGCAAAUCCGAACUGCUUCUAGCUGUAUUUGUAUGCACUUAUUUUAAAAAGAAAAAAAAAAAAGCCAAAUACAUUUUCUGACAUUGUAA